AUGCAGUCUUCCAGGCCCGCAUCCAGGCCCAAGCCGUUGAAUUGGGCUCCCCCUCCUCAUGUCGCUCUGUUUAUCCGCAACCUGAAGCUGCUGCAGCUGGACCAAUACAAAGACUGGCCGGAAAUCAACAGCCGUACUUUGUCUCCAUCCCCGCAGAACCAGCGCCAGCGGAUAAAAGCUGUGGAAUGGGCGCUGUAUCAUCUGUUUGCCAUCUGGGACCCUGAGGGCACCCAAAAUAAACUACGCCCAUUCUUCCCUCCUUUGGAACCACUGCAGUCUGUGAAUCUCCGCGCAGCUUUGUUUCGUGGCUUGUCCGAACUCAAGAAAAAUGGGGACUUGGGAAGGGAAACUAUCCUGCGGAAGACCAUGCUGGAUGAUUGCAAAGGAGAGAAGUUCGAUGAAGUACUCGCUGUAUUUUCUACUGCCGUCGUCCGUAAGGUCUUGGAUGCUACGGAAGAAUGGGCCUCGAAUCCUGCGUUGAGAUUGUCUACUUCCAGAGGGAUCACUCUGGAAGAGCACCAGAUGAUGAUACCCCUUAUCCUCGCCCAUCAAGUGUCCCUCGGCGCUAUGGGAGAGCGACGUGCUCGCGUGCGGAGUACUCAUGACCAGUUCUCGCAACUGCUGGAUAAGAAGAAGGCCGAGCUUGCCAGUCGGAAAGCGAACAAAUCCAGUCCUUCCAUACCAGACGAACCCACCAAUUAUGGCCUUAUCUCUCGGGAAGUCAAAGAAAACUGGCUUGGCAGCGAGGAGUGGGCUGAUACUUUGCUUUACGGAGGAGCGCGGAGUAGCACUGACGGCUUUCUGGAGCUGUCAUUUCCAAAAGCAUGGACACAUGCGAAUGAGUCUACAGUCGAGGAGCUCAGUAAUGCCCCAAUCCAAGAUCUGCUGAUCGACCUGGAGUCCCGUGUAUCACACCAAAGGAGUCGACUGCACAGAUGGCACGAAUUCAGUGACUCGAUUCAGAAGCGAGACGGUCCACCUCGCCAGGCCCAAGUGAAUGUCGUGAAGGACUCCCCGCUUGUAUUCAGGGAUCAUCAGUCGCUCACUGUAGCAAGCGUCUCCAAGACAGUCCGAAAUCAGGCGGGACAUGUUGACAUGACGGACGAGGACAAAGUUCUUUUAGCAUCAAUACGGGAGGCUUUGGCAAAGAUCGACAGAAAGCCUCUUUCAUCCGACAAUGCUAAACCUCCAAUACGUUCAACCAAAUUGACAAGCGAUACGGUUGAACAUUCAGAUCCGUUAUUGUCCCAUACGAAAUUGGACAAAGUCGGAUCAAUUUCACCAGCCGACACCAAUAUAGGACAUACCACACCUACUGGGGGCACUGGACUCUCACACUCCAACAGCGAGGAAUAUAGGGAACGUCGAUCUCCCAUUGUUCGUAUUACCUCAGAAUAUCCUACAGACCCGGAACCCAAUAUCGACAAUUUCGACUCAGAACCCGCACUACCCGAACCAGGCGCGCGACCUUAUAAAUUCAGCCUUGUCGAACGCACUCGAAAAUCCAUGUCCUUGGUCCCUCCACCUAGCGGUAGAGUGCGGGAGAAUUAUCUGUCACGGAGAGCCCGGCAAUCAUUCCCCGUGAACCAAUUCGAGACUCCACGGAAGGAGGACUCUCCACACCAUUCAGGCGCAUCUACACCCAAAGACGAUUUAUUUAGUGAGAAUGCUGACUACGCCAGCGUCUUCAAGUCCAGACCACGGAUUGCUCAAAGUCCCAUUUCUUCACCGGCUGUGCAUGUUAGUCCUCUUGAUGAAUUCGAUCUGGAUGAUAACGGGUCUCCAUGGAGCGCGAACCAGGAUCGCUACGAACAACAGGAUUAUCAGGACUCACCUUUAGCUUCUAGGAAAAGGGCAUGGUGA